GCAGACAUUGAACACACUUGGUGCAACACAGAGCAACCAAGUGGUGACCAGACCAGAUUUGACUAGUCGUGGGGGCUGUUAGAGUUGAAGCUUUAAAGCUUGUUCAACUCUUAAACGCAGUUUAAAGCUCUAAAGAGUUGCCCUGCACAGGUUGGGCACACAGUUUGCCCACCAGCCACCCUCCCAAGAUCUGAUUUGCCAGCUGCCGCAGUUGCCAACGCAAACCCGGGCCUGACGGCAGCUGGAAACCCGGACCUGACGGCAGCUGGAAACCCGGACCUGACGGCAGCUGGAAACCCGGACACGACUGCUCCACCAAUAAUACAUGUUCUGCAGGCAAUUCCAGUAUUUGAUAUCCGCACUGCUCUUUCUGCUGUGCCAGAUGGCAUGGCUAUAGUUGAGAGCCUGGAUAAGGAAAAGCUCAUCACGAUAAAGCAGAGGCGUGUCAUGGUGCGGAUUUUGGUGUCUCACCUGAUGGAAAAGUGUGGGCAAACACCUUCCGCUGUGAUCAAAAUUGCCCUUGCUUCCGCCAUGAUUAAUACGUUCCCCUGCUUAAAGGAUGGCAGUGGCAGUGGUUUUGAUACAUGGUAUACCCAGGGCCGAUACCACCACCCAGCUACGGGGUUCCUCGAAGAGAGACUCCGCAAUAUCAGAAAGCGGUUGAGGAGCUCAGGCGGGCCCAGGCAACAGCAGGAACGAGUGACUGUGCCAAGCAGGACAGUCAUACCAGCAGCCACCAUAUCUGAUGAGCGAGCUUUACAGUGUUCGGAAUGGUUAAAGAACAACUCUCAGCCCCUCUCUCAGGUGGAGGCAUAUAUGCGGGACACCUGCCAGUACAGGGCUGGAUGGAUACGUGCCGACCACUCCAAAUCUAUUCCUGAAAUCCUGGGCGAGUUCCCCCGUCUGACUACUCCAGGCAUGAUCGCACAAGAUUUUUCGAUCCUCUAUGGAGAGGCUGCACCUAAACUUUUUGAGACAUGGGUUGCUCUUUACUCUGAUAAGAUCAUUCGUCUUGCAAAAUGCGAAAGAAAACUAUCGGUGCCAGAGGAACAGCUCACCCAUGAUUCCAGGGGAGAAGUCGCCCUGAUGCUGCUGCCCAUCCUGCUUCCUCCGCCUGUCUAUAAAAAGGGCAGGAAAUUGGUUCGGGCGAGCAUACAGGAGUCAAAGAGGGCCUUUAUUGAUGUGAAGCCUGUUGGAACUAACAUGGUGGAGUAUUUGGAGCAGGCCGAAUCGCUCAGGGCCUAUCCAUAUGUGCUCCUGCUUAGUGAUGGCAUUUUGUGUUCCCAGGCAUUUGCCAUCAUAUCGGGCAAAGCCAUUCCCUCAGAUACAGCACUUGCUGCUGUCGACACUUGUUUCAAGAGCUUUUAUAUAUUAGAUUGUAAUUAUCCGAAUGAGUGUGCGCCUACUUGGCAAUUUUUACAGAGUACAGUUUUUGAACUUGAGGGAACUGUGUCCCCAUCUGUCACUUUCUUAAAAACCCAAUUGCUUUCCUGUCAUUAGACUGCACCCGCCCUUUUUUCGCUCCUCUCCCUCUUGUUCUUCACCAUCCCCUGUUCUUAAUGUUAUUUUUGUGUAAAUAAUUUGUUCAUGUUCAUGAAGGAAAUAUUGUGAAUUAUGUUCUGUAAAUUUUACAUUUUAAUAAAUAUUUUUGUCACA